AUGGUUUUAAAAUUUUAUUUCCUUCUCAUUUUAGUUUUGUUUUCACUUUUUCGCUUCACUUUUGAAUCAAAUAUUCUUGAGCCUAAUUAUAAACAAAGAAACAUUUUAGUAAACAAAGAGGAUGUGAAUGUCAUUGAACAACAAAGUCUCGAUUUAAAAUUGAGGGAAGCUGAGAGUAACAAAAUUCAUAUAACUAUUAGCAAAGAUUGUAACUCUAAUUUCACAACUAUUACAGAAGCUCUUAAUAGCAUUCAACCACAAAACACUAGGAGAGUUAUUUUGUUGAUUGGACCUGGGAUUUAUAGGGAGAAAAUAAUGAUCCCACAAACGUUGCCUUUCAUAACUUUCUUUGGGGAUGCAAGUAAACCGACUUUUUCUUGGAAUGAUUCAAAUUCUACCAUUGGAAGUGAUGGGCAUCCAUUGGGGACGUUUAAUACUCCCACCGUUGCUGUGAAUGCUGACUAUUUUAUGGCCAUCAACGUAACAUUUGAGAACACUGCUUCAUAUUUUGGAAGGAAAGUAGAACAAGCCGUUGCGCUUCGCAUUUCCGGUAACAAAGCUGCUUUUUACUAUUGUACAUUCCGUGGAGUUCAAGACACUCUAUAUGAUCAUAAAGGUCUUCACUAUUUCAAAAAUUGCUUCAUAGAAGGCUCUAUUGAUUUCAUCUUUGGCUUUGGAAGAUCCCUAUAUGAGGAAUGCACUCUAAAUUCAAUUGCUAAGAACAUAGGCUAUAUUACUGCUCAAAAACGAUCAAGUUCAUCAUCAGAUUCUGGAUUUUCUUUUAAAAAAUGUAGUGUGAAAGGUAGUGGUCAAGUUUAUCUGGGAAGACCAUGGGGAGAAUAUUCCAGAGUCAUUUACUCUUAUACUGAAAUGGAAGAGAUUGUUCUUCCCAAAGGAUGGGAAGAUACUAUGAAUGGAACACGCCAUGCCAAUACAGUAUAUUAUGGUGAGUACAAAUGCAGUGGACCUGGAUCCAAUUUUUCUGGAAGAGCUCCAUGGGCACGAAAUCUCUCUGAUGAAGAAGCUCAACCAUUUAAUGAAAUUCAUUUUAUUGAAGGAGAAACUUGGCUUAUAACCCCUAAUUAA